AUGAGAAAAUUUAUAUUUAUUGAUGGAACUCAUUUGAAAAACCAAUUUGGAGGAAAUUUACUCAUUGCAACUGCACAAGAUGGAAAUUUUCAAAUUUAUCCUCUUGCUUUUGGUAUUGUUGAUUAUGAGAAUGAUGCAUCUUGGAAUUGGUUUUUGACAUGCUUACGAGAUCAAGUGCCUGAUACUACUGGUUUAAAUAUCAAGAAAAAAUUCAGUGGUAAAGGUUUGAAAAAGUUGUUUGAGAAGACAACAAAAGCGUACAGAGUUUCAGAGUUCACAAAGUUAUUUGUUGAGAUUUCUACAAAAAAACCAAGGCUGGCAACAUACUUGAAGAAUGCAUCUUUUGAAAGCUGGUUCAGAUGUCUUUUCCAUGGUAAUCGAUACAACAUCAUGACCACCAACAAUUCUGACUCAUUGAACCAAGUUUUUAGAGAAACUCGAGAAUGGCCCAUCAUUCUUUUAUUGGAGGAAAUUAUCACUACACUCUCCAGAUGGUUCUAUGAGAGAAGGAAAAAUGCAAAUUCUUGUCCAACACCACUUACAAUUGACGCAGAAGAUAUAAUGAGACAAAGAUAUGAACAAUCAAGGUACAUGAGAGUUACACCCAUUAAUCUAAGUGAGUUCCAUGUUAAAAGUGAGCCACUAGAUGGUCUAGUUAAUAUUGAGGAACAUUCUUGUACAUGUCAAGAGUUUGACAUUGAUAAGAUUCCAUGUGUUCAUGGUGUCGCUACAACAAUGUAUCGUGGAGUAGAUGUUUAUAGUCUAUGCUCAAAAUUCUACACGACUAAAUUUUGGAGGAUUGCUUAUGCAGAAUCUAUUUACCUUUUACCACCUAAAAUAGAAUGGCUUCUUCUAGAAGAGGUUAAGUCUCAAGACGUUAUCAAACCAGUGGUGUUAAUUCCCUCAGGGAGACCAAAGAAUAAAUGA